AUGCUGAUGGCCAUGGGCCUGACGUACGAUGAUAUAGCGAAACCCUUCGUCGCCAUCGCCAACCUGGCCAGCGAUGUUACGCCCUGCAACGUCCACCUGGGCCGCAUCGCCGCUGCCGUGAAGGACGGCAUCCGCCAGGGCGAGGGCACCCCGUUCGAGUUCGGCACCAUCACGGUCAGUGACGGCAUCUCCAUGGGCACCGAGGGGAUGAAGGCCUCGCUGGUGAGCCGGGAAGUCAUCGCCGACUCGAUUGAAACGGUCACCUUCGGCGAGCGCAUGGACGGCCUGGUCACCGUGGCCGGCUGCGACAAGAACAUGCCGGGCUGCAUGAUGGCCAUCGCCCGCCUGAACAUCCCCAGCGUUUUCGUCUACGGCGGCAGCAUCAUGCCGGGCCAGUUCGAGGGUCGCGACGUCAACAUCCAGGACGUGUUCGAGGCCGUGGGCGCAUACGCCGCCGGUCGCAUGACUCGGGAGCAGCUGACCGAGCUGGAAUGCAACGCGUGUCCGGGCGAGGGUUCCUGCGCCGGCCUGUUCACCGCCAACACCAUGUCCACCGCCAUCGAGGUGAUGGGGCUGUCCCUGCCGGGCGACGCCUCGCUGACCGCCAUCAACCCCGAGAAGAACAACGAAGCCCGCCGCGCCGGACAGGCAGUGAUGCGGAUGCUGGAAGAAGGCAUCCGGCCACGGGACAUCCUGACCCGGCAGGCCUUCGAAAACGCCAUCACCGUGGUGGUCGCCAUGGGCGGUUCCACCAACGCCGUGCUGCACCUGAUGGCCAUCGCACGGGAGGCAGAAGUUGACCUGACUUUGGAUGACUUCGACCGCAUCGGGCGCAACACGCCAUACAUCGCCGACAUGAAACCCGGCGGCCGGUACGUCAUGGCCGACCUGAGCCGCUACGGCGGCGUCGCGCUGGUCGGCAAGCGCCUGCUGGACGCGGGCCUGCUGCACGGGGACGCCAUGUCGGUCAACGGCAAGACGCUGGCGGAGAAUAUCAACGAGACGGCGAUCAUUGACGACCAGCCGGUUAUCUAUUCGACGGACGCGCCGCGCAGUCCCACGGGCGGCCUCGCCAUCUUGCGGGGCAACCUGGCUCCCGACGGAGCGGUGAUCAAGGUUGCCGGACACCAGGAGCGGGUUACGAGGGGCCGGCCCGGGUGUUCGAACAGGAGGAGCCGGCGUUCCAGGCGAUACAGCGGGGCGAGAUCAAGCCGGGCGACAUCGUGGUGA